GUAACAGAAGCCUGCCAAGCCCGCAUACAAAACUCGGACAAGAAAAUAAAAUAAAAUAAAGAAAGAAAAUUCUCCACCAUCUCUCUGAGUCUGAGUUAGAUCAUCUGCUUGAAUUUUCUCUGAGCGAGGGAGCCAAGCAAGUGCAAGAGAAGACAAAAAAAAAAUGGCGAAAUCGAGUGCGGACGAUGAAGAAUUGAAGCGUGCUUGUGAGGCUGCCAUCGAAGGAACAAAGCAGAAGAUCGUCAUGUCGAUCCGAGUGGUCAAGAGCGGAGGGAUGUGGCGCAAAUCCGGCAAGUUGGGCCGUCAAAUGGCCAAGCCUAGAGUUCUCGCUCUCUCUACAAAAUCGAAGGGUCAGCGGACUAAAGCUUUUUUGCGAGUUCUAAAAUACUCCACUGGUGGAGUUCUUGAGCCUGCUAACUUGUACAAGCUUAAGUAUCUUUCAAAAGUAGAGGUUUUAACUAAUGACCCCAGUGGUUGUACGUUCACACUGGGAUUCGAUAAUCUCAGAAGUCAAACUGUUGCUCCUCCUCAGUGGACAAUGCGCAAUAUUGAUGACAGGAACCGGCUUUUACUUUGCAUAUUAAACAUUCUCAAAGACGUACUGGGCCGUCUACCCAAAGUUGUCGGAGUAGAUGUUGUGGAGAUGGCACUUUGGGCCAAGGAAAAUACACCAACGGUUACAACUCAAAGGAAUCUGCAAGAUGGACCUGUGGCAGCUACAGUAACAGAAAGUGACUUGAAAGUAACUGUUGAAAGAGAACUCGUCUCGCAAGCUGAGGAAGAGGACAUGGAAGCUCUUCUGGGCACGCUCUUAGACUACCAAAAGUUAACUGCCGACUCACAAUAUUCACUGCCUUGUCUGUAUCCACAGUGUUGUUAUGUCAUGGGUAUUGGUGAAGCAGAGGCAUUUUCUGAGAGGCUGAAACGAGAGCUACUUGCUCUUGAAGCAGCAAAUGUGCAUGCCAUUUUGGAAAGUGAACCUUUAAUUGAAGAGGUAUUGCAAGGCCUUGAGGCUGCUACAAAUUGUGUUGAUGACAUGGAUGAAUGGUUAAGCAUCUUCAAUGUGAAACUUAGACACAUGAGAGAAGACAUUGAGUCGAUAGAAACCCGCAAUAACAAGUUGGAGAUGCAGUCUGUAAAUAACAAAGCACUUAUUGAGGAACUUGAUAAGCUUGUUGAACGGUUGUGUGUCCCAUCUGAGUAUGCAGUAUCUCUGACAGGUGGUUCAUUUGAUGAGUCCCGCAUGCUUCAGAACAUCGAAGCAUGUGAAUGGUUGACUGGUGCUUUACAUGGACUCGAAGUGCCCAAUUUGGAUCCUGCCUUUGCAAACAUUCGGGCGGUUAAAGAGAAGCGGGCAGAACUUGAAAAAUUAAAAACUACAUUUGUCAGGAGAGCUUCUGAGUUCUUGAGAAACUACUUUGCCAGUUUGGUUGAUUUUAUGAUUGGUGACAAGAGUUACUUCUCACAGCGGGGUCAAUUGAAGAGGCCUGAUCAUGCUGACUUGAGGUACAAAUGUAGGACAUAUGCUCGUCUUCUGCAACAUUUAAAGAGUCUUGAUAAGAACUGCUUGGGUCCUUUGAGAAAAGCUUAUUGUAGCUCUCUUAACUUACUUCUUCGACGAGAGGCCCGUGAAUUUGCAAAUGAGCUUCGUGCUAGUACAAAAGCAUCAAGAAAUCCAACUGUCUGGCUCGAAGCUUCAGCAGGUUCUGGUCAAAGCGCGAGUACUGCUGAUACCUCUUCAGUUUCUGAUGCCUAUGCCAAAAUGCUGACAAUUUUCAUCCCCCUACUUGUAGAUGAGAGUUCUUUUUUUGCACAUUUCAUGUGCUUUGAAGUUCGUGCACUCAUUCCUCCAGGAGGUCUUGCGAAUGGUAAAGGCGGAUCUCAUGAUGUCAAAGAUGAUGAGGAUGAUUUGGGCAUUAUGGACAUAGAUGACAAUGACGGCAAAGCUGGUAAAAAUUCUGCGGAUUUGUCGACUCUGAAUGAAUCUCUUCAGGACUUGCUUGAUGGAAUUCAGGAAGACUUUUAUGCCGUGGUGGACUGGGCAUACAAAAUUGAUCCUUUACGUUGCAUAUCGAUGCAUGGAAUUACAGAACGGUAUCUCUCUGGUCAAAAAGCUGAUGCAGCAGGAUUUGUGCGUCUAUUACUUGGUGACUUGGAGUCAAGAAUUUCUGUGCAGUUUGCCCAUUUUGUUGAUGAGGCUUGCCACCAGAUUGAAAGAAAUGAGCGUAAUGUGCGCCAGAUGGGUGUUCUAUCAUACAUUCCGAGAUUUGCGACUUUGGCAACCCGAAUGGAGCAGUAUAUACAAGGACAAUCUAGGGAUUUGGUCGAUCAGGCAUAUACGAAAUUUGUUAGCAUAAUGUUUGUGACUUUGGAGAAAAUUUCACAGACAGAUCCAAAGUAUGCAGAUAUUUUCCUUCUGGAGAACUAUGCAGCAUUUCAGAAUAGUUUGUAUGAUCUGGCCAAUGUUGUACCCACUUUGGCCAAGUUCUAUCACCAGGCAAGUGAAGCUUAUGAACAAGCUUGUACACGUCAUAUCAGCAUGAUCAUUUACUAUCAAUUCGAACGACUUUUCCAGUUUGCUCGAAGGAUUGAGGAUUUGAUGUACACAAUUACGCCCGAAGAGAUCCCUUUCCAGCUUGGAUUGUCAAAAAUGGAUCUGCGAAAGAUGAUCAAAGCAAGUCUAUCUGGAGUUGACAAGUCCAUUGCUGCUAUGUAUAAGAAGUUGCAGAAGAACUUGACUUCAGAGGAACUUUUACCUUCCUUAUGGGACAAAUGCAAGAAAGAGUUUCUGGACAAGUAUGAAAGUUUCGUGCAACUCGUUGCCAAAAUCUAUCCCAAUGAGAAUAUCCCUACCGUGGUGGAAAUGAGAAAUUUGCUAGCUUCCAUGUAAACUUUGUAAAGAGAGAACUGACGUUGUGUUGUAAAAGUUGUUAAUUUUGUUUACGAGGAUGGAUAGAGCAUUAGUGUAUUAGGUUUCUGUAAUUAUUAUUCUUUUGCAAAUUUUCCUUCAAUUUUUGUUUUGUUGAACGAAUCUAUUUCUUCUCUGGUUGAAUUGAUCUUGACAUGUUAUUGAAUUGUAUUCACUGACCUAAAGGUCGCGGAUUUAUGUCAACUUGUGUAUAAACUGGAUCUGAAAAUAAGCUUGAGUUUGACUUGCUUU